AAUGCACUUGACGUGCGAACUUAUGCACCAGGUGUUUCUGAAGACGCUGUUUCUGGCCAUAUACAGCUACUGAUUCCUGGCGAAACUGCAUGCUUUGCAUGUGCUCCUCCAUUGGUUGUAGCAUCAGGAGUGGACGAGCGUACACUUAAGCGAGACGGUGUUUGUGCUGCCUCUUUGCCAACUACAAUGGGUGUUGUUGCUGGCCUCCUGGUCCAGAAUGCUCUGAAAUAUCUGUUGAAAUUUGGACAAGUUUCUCCUUACUUGGGAUAUAAUUCACUUAAGGAUUAUUUUCCAACAAUGGAAAUGAGACCAAAUCCACAAUGUUCAAAUCUAGCAUGUCUUGAGAGACAGAAAGAAUAUAUGCAAUCAAAACCUGCUAGAGAUGCAGCAGCAAAGGCUAAGAUAGAAGCUGAAGCAUCUGCAGCAAUCGAAUACCCGGUUCACAUAGACAAUGAGUGGAACAUUAGUGUUGUUGAUGAUAGUGACAUAGCGCUGUCAAGCAUUCUAAGGACUGCAACAGACAACCUUCCAGAAGGCCUUCUCCGCGAACUUCCACAUGAAGAUUUCUAUGUAGAGCCACCUACACCAGCUAGCUCUGGUGCUAUCGAUGAUGAUCUUGAGGAGCUUCAGCGGCAACUUGAUGUCUUGAACUCAUCUUGAACUCGGCGCAUAUCUCGCCCAACCUGUUGGCUUAUCCCAGUGUACAAAUAGGGCAUUGGAAAACCAAACCAGAUACUCCCAUUAUUUGCAUCCGUUCUAACAGAAUUAGCAAUUUAACUUGAUACAACUUAUAUACUCAUCCUAAUUGAGCAAAGUUAUGUUAAUUGUA